UAUGAGGUUGAGUAUCAGACUGUCUCGUUUGUUUUCAGAGCAGCAAUUUACCCAAUGUUUCCUGGAUUUAGCUACAUUAAAAUUAUAAAUAUUAUAUGGAGGUAUUAGUGCAUAUUCCGAUUGUGCAGGACACAGCGGCAGAUGGUCACUCCACGGACAGCCUGUAUUUUUCGCAGCCCAGUAGUAUCUUGAAUGUUUGUAGCCACAGGGUUGUGUUUGACUGGACUGAGGAGGUCUGACAAGCUGCUGUGUUGAUGUCAACAAUGCCCCUCGCCCCUGCAAACCAGUCCCAGUUGAUUCGGUCAAGCCAAAAGGACGAAUACUAUCAAACCUUCCUGAGAAACAACGCCAACGAAGCUUUUCAAACUCUUGCUGGAUCCAAAAGAUGGCUGGACUGGAGGAAGGAGAUUGAGCUGCUGUCAGACCUUGUAUACUAUGGGUUAACAACAUUCUCAGGCUACCAAACUCUGGGCGAAGAGUACGUCAGCAUCGUCCAGGUGGAUCCCACUAAACAACGGAUCCCCUCCUGGCCCAGACGCGGGCUCUUUCUCUUAUGCCAUGCCUUCUUCCCUUACCUCCUGGAUAAGAUCCUGGUGUGCCUGGAGAACGAGCUAGAACGUGGGCAGGAGAGCCUCAGUGGUGUCAGUUGGCGGCAGGUGGUGUCCGGGCCGUGGAGCCUGGAGUCUUGGCUGAGGAGGUGGAUGGAGAGGGUAGUGGGGCUGUUGUCAGAGUCCCAGAGGAGAGUGUGUCUAUCAGCCUUGUUUGUCUUCCAGCAGGGUCUUACCCUCCUGCACCAACUUCACGUGGCUCUGUUUUACAUAAGCGGCUCAUUCUAUCACCUGUCCAAGAGGAUGGCUGGCAUCAGCUAUUUGCAUGUCAUGGGACCUAACAGCAAUGACGGGACCAUCAGGAGUAGCUACAGGCUGCUGGGGGCAGUGUCCCUUCUUCAGCUGCUCAUCACUGUUUGUCUCCAGCUCAACAACUUUAGACAGAGACAGAGAGUCAAGCAGGAGUGGAAGCUCUACAGGAACCUCAGUCCGCAGCACACAGAGAUCUCAAGUCCCAGAGCUGCCUGCUGUAUCCUCUGUCUGGAAGAGAGGAGACACUCCACCUCCACCCCCUGUGGACACCUCUUCUGCUGGGAAUGCAUCACAGACUGGUGCAAUACCAAGAAAGAGUGCCCCCUGUGUCGGGAGAAGAUCCAGCCUCACAGACUGGUGUACCUGAGGAACUACAGCUAGAACUACCGAGUCAGACACUGCACACACACAAGCACACACUGCUGGUGGACUGUAAUGCAUUUUAAUACCUGUGUAGGCAGGCUGCCCCUCAAGAACAUGUGAAGACAUAAAACAGUGUUUUCCAGCAAUCACACAGAAGUUUCUGCCAACAUACUGUAGCUUCUUCUUCAUCUUCUUUUUAUUCUUUUUUUUUUUUGAUUAAUUAAAGAAAUAAAAUUCAAUUUUAGAUUGUAUCAGUCAAAUCUUGUAAAUAUUACUUUUAGUUCUAUUUAAAACUUCAACAGAUGUUAAGAAAAUGCAGGAAGAGUCUUAAUACUUGUCUGUUUUGUUUUUGGGUGUUUAAAGGUUAAGUUGAAUAUGAGCAUAAAAAGAUUUCAUGUGUAGUAGUCCUACAGUACACAUCUUGAUGGCUUGGUUUCAAAUCUAUUGUGGUGGUGUACAGAGGCAAAAUUACGAAAAUUGUGUCCACUGGCCUGGUUGAUGUAUGAUGUUGUUGGUUUAAUUAUAGCAGGCUGUCAGACAGCUAAUGUCAUAUUAGGCAACAUCAUCAGAUGUAAUUCAUAUUUAGUUUGAAUAUUUGGAAUCUGAGGUGUUGCCAACAUUUUAGGGUGCUCACGCCUCUCAGCAGCCUCAGCUGGAGCUUUGUUCACUCAUUCAGUAACUGUCUGUUCUUUUAGUACUUCUCGGUUUCAAGAUAGAGAAUUUCUGGAAUAUUUGAUCAACACGUGGCACAGAAAGUGAAAAUUAAUAUUUUCUGAAGAUAUUAAAUGUUUAAAUCAGUGUACAUCAUUUUAAAUUCGUUAUGCUUUUUCUCUUAAGCUAUUAGGGUUAACGAGUUUUACCAGUUACAUACUGUUAUGUUAUUUUGAGAUAUUGGGUGGAGGGAGUUGUAAUUUGUUUUUGUUUUCUUUCUUCUUAGUCAAGGUCGAGCAUGCAAAGAAAAUAUUAACUUUGGGGAGGGACUUUGUUUCUAAAAAAAAGUGCACCAUAAGGUUCAGUCUUCCUCCCCACCACAGUUCUUAUAGUCCCUAAUUUAACAGUGCCCAGCGCAGAGAUGACCAAGUCAGAGUGUAGUUACUGCUAAUUUCUUUUUCUUAAGGCACAGUAAUUAUUUUUAUGGUAAGACAGUGUCAGUGUCAGAUUCUGGCCUUACCAUAUUUUUCACUAAAUGCAGUCUCUGCGUUUUUGUUUUGGAUAGCAUUAUGGUCCAUUGCCGUUCUCAAUAAACACAGUUUUGAUCAAAUCCAUCAGAGCAAAGGAAAUACUCUUGCACUUUCUUUCUCCUUUUAGUCAACCUCAGUGUGCAGUGCACACUUUCUUUUCACAGAGGAUACUGUUGGGCCUGAGGUAAUAUGGAACCUAGAUAUGCCAUUUUCUAUUACACUGUGAAUCCAUUCCUGAAGUCAAAUGUGCUUUAAAAUAUAAGGUAUGUGAGCUGCAUGAAUAAGGGAAAAACAGCUUAAGAAAUACACCAGGACAACAGAGGUGGUUUUUUCAGAGAGAGUUUAGGAAGAAGGAUAACUAUGUCACCAUUACCUGAGGAUCCUUUAAGUUUGCAAGAGCCCUUUUUGCAAUGGCAGAUUUCAGCUCUCUUCAAAGGUUUUCAACGGGAUU